GGCAUUAGGCUCCCGACUGCCUGGUGCUGCGAUCGCAUCCACAUCUAGACGUCUUCCUGCUGUUUGGAGUUUCAGCAGAAAUUACAUGAAACUGAAAUCAAAGCUUCCUGCUGUCGGUCUUUUCCUCAAAAUCAGGAGCUCUGAUUGGUUUUCUGUGAAUGAACCGACUCAUCCGGGUGAUUGUCUUUGAUUUGUUUUUAGAUCUACAGGAGUAGAUUUACCAUAAGCACGAGGUUUGGUCUGGAAAACAUGAAAAUAACGUUUAAAAGAAUAAAAUUUAAUUUAAAAAUUACAGGGUUCCUGAAGCAGUCUGGAAAUUUAUUGAGUUUGAUUCAGGUUUUUAUCGUUUAUCGUGAUAAAUUUCUUAAUAUGAUAAAAAUUCUCAUUUAUUGUCACGACUCACAUUCAAAAAUACUUUAUUGAUCCCAAAGGGAAAUUAAAUGUUUUAACUCAUGUUAAUUUAAUUCAUUCAAUUAGUUAUUACAGGUGGAAAUGGCAGGAAAGAUCUCCUGUAGCAGUCUGUAUUACAGCGAAUUUGAAGAAGCCUCUGACUGAAGAGGAUGAUUUUUCAUUGAUGUACAAUAGUAGUUCUGUAUCUUUACUAAAUCUUAUCACUCACUGAUUUACAAAAAAAUAACUGGAAAAGCAGGCAGCUACUUUUAAUUUAAAUAUUUCCUUUCUAUCUGUGACGCACUGUCCUCAUGGUGGAACAUGACAGUGGCAGCAUCAUGCUGCGUUUCUUCAGGAAAACUAUUCAAAGUUGCAGAGACAUCAUUUUUAAUUCAAAACGCAUUCAGAUUCCACGGCUUUAUUUUGAAAACCUCCUAAUGAAAGGUAAAUAUUCAUCUGAUUUAUUCUUACUACUGUUACUCCUACAUUCAUGAUUUGCUACUCGCUCUCUGUGUCUCUGUGUUUCUGUGUCUGCUAACAAAUCCCCUUUUUGCAUUUCUGGGUUUGGUGUCCCGCAGCCUGUCUCUCCCAAACUACGCUCGUUCCAAAUCCCGGGUCAGCGCCGCUGUCGUCACUGCACUCGACGGAGCACAGGAGCGGCGGUCCGAGCGAGAAGCAUCGCGCUGCGUGUGCGACGACACCGAGUGACUGAGCGGAGGAGGAAGCGUGCUGAACUUAUGACAACAACCUGAAGCGAUCUGAUCGCUGGAGGAAGAGCUGCUGAGGAUCCAGACAGUCGAUUGGACGUCUUUUUCUGUUUCCACUGGUGACAUUUGCUGGUAAUCAUCACCAUGGGUGAAAUGGAGCAGCUGAGAAAGGAGGCAGAAAGCCUCAAAGAUCAGAUCACUGCGGCCCGUAAGGCGGUGCAGGACACCACGCUGCAGGAGGCGGCAGCGGGGAUCACCGUGGUGGGCCGCAUCCAGAUGAAGACCAGGAAGACGCUACGGGGUCACCUGGCCAAGAUCUACGCCAUGCACUGGUCCACCGACUCCAAGCUGUGCGUCAGCGCCUCACAGGAUGGAAAACUCAUCGUGUGGGACAGCGUCACAACCAACAAGGUGAACGCCAUCCCGCUGAAGUCGUCCUGGGUGAUGACGUGUGCCUACGCGCCUUCAGGAAACCUGGUGGCCUGCGGCGGUCUGGACAACAUGUGCUCCAUCUACAACCUGAAGGGGAAGGAUGGGAACGUCAAGGUGAUGCGAGAGCUGGCCGCACACACAGGUUAUCUUUCCUGCUGCCGCUUCAUCAGCGACACUGAGAUCAUCACCAGCUCAGGCGACUGCACCUGCAUACUCUGGGACAUUGAGACAGGGACCCAGAAGACGGUUUAUGCUGGACACCAAGGAGACUGCAUGUCCCUGGGCGUAGCGCCAGACUUUAAGUUUUUCAUCUCAGGAGCGUGUGACUUUACAGCGAAGCUGUGGGACAUCAGGGAGGGCACCUGCAGACAGACCUUCGGAGGCCAUGAGAGUGAUGUCAAUGCCAUUGGGUUUUUUCCCAAUGGUAACGCAGUGAUAACAGGAUCAGACGAUGCCACCUGUAAACUGUUUGACCUGCGGGCUGACCAGGAGCUCAUCACCUACCAGGACUCCGGCAUCAUGUGCGGCGUCACCUCCCUGGCCCCGUCCCUGUCCGGCCGGCUGAUCCUGGCUGGCUACGACGACUUCAAUGUGAACAUCUGGGACAUGCUGAAGGCUGAGAGAGUGGGCGUGCUGGCCGGUCACGACAACAGAGUGAGCUGCAUUGGCGUGUCUGCAGACGGCAUGGCCUGCUGCACGGGAUCCUGGGACAGUUUCCUCAAGAUAUGGAACUGAGGCUGUCCCUCUGCUACAAGCAGAAAGAAAGUGGUUCAUUUAUUCUUGGAAACGUGAAGAUUUAAAACAAGGAGAGAUCAAUGGAGGCAGGAGGAGACACGUACAGUGAGAAGAGGGUAUUUUAUCUGUGCCAAGUCAUUUCUAAUGUUGGAGAAGAGGAGUGUAAUGCGAGGGUUUCCUCUUCUCCCAGUCACACUGCGCUCUCACCUUUCUUCUCAUGUUCUGGCGGAAAUUAGGGUAGAACAAAAGAGUGGGCGUCUUAGUCAAAUUUCUCAUUAGUUAAUCUGUAAUUCAGAUGAAACAGAUGGCGGAUGCAUAAUUUUUGGAGCAACAUUAAGAUUACCAAAUGCGAACAGUUUGGUAAUCUGGAAAUGGUAGCACACUGGAUGAGUCAGAACUAAAAACAUGUCAAGUUACAGCCUGUGUAGAGUCACAGAAGCUCCACUUUAUAUGCUGUUUUAUAUCAGAACAUAGGUUACACCUAAUAACAUGAUUUACAAUCAUUUGUUUUAGCUUCGGUAGGUUCCCCAAGUACUUAAACUUUCUUUUUAUUUUCUAAUUUUAUUUAAACUUGAGUCAAUAGUUUGCAAAUGUCUGCAUUUGUGUUUGUUUUGUAUGUGACUGAUGGACAAUAUUUAGCAGGAUUUGGGAUCGUUUUUGGCUUUAUCCCCUCAGUAAAUAGGUAAAAACUCAAAAUGACAGAUGGAUUAGUAAAAUGGUUACUUGGUAACCCUUUUCUCAAGUCAAAACUAUAUCAAAGCAGUAACUGAAUAUUUAUAUAUCUGCAUAUACAUUUAUCUUUAUAGCAGGUAGGCUCUGAAUACUGACUAUACAUUUAGAUGAACGUCAAAGUAAAAUUUCAACUACAUUUUUUUUCAAAACUUGAUCUACACUGCAAUGUAAAUUAAUAAAUUUGGGAUUCUGCUAAACAAUUGUA